CUCUCUCUCUCCCUCGCAGUCGACCCGUACGAGCUCCUCGGCCCACGCUCCUCCCGCCUCGCCGCUCAGGGCUCGGGCCAGAUCCAGCUGUGGCAGUUCCUCCUGGAGCUGCUGUCCGACCCCGCCAACGCCGCCGUCAUCACCUGGGAGGGCACCGCCGGCGAGUUCAAGAUCCUGGACCCUGACGAGGUGGCGCGGCGCUGGGGCGAGAGGAAGUCCAAGCCCAACAUGAACUACGACAAGCUCUCUCGCGCCCUCAGGUACUACUACGACAAGAACAUCAUGACGAAGGUGCACGGCAAGCGCUACGCCUACAAGUUCGACUUCCGCGGCCUGGACCAGGUGCGGCAGCAGCAGAGCGCCGAGGCGCAGCGCUACCCGCCCGACCUCAGCUUCCUCACGGGCUACUCGCACCUGCUGGGGGGGACGUCGCCCCUGGCCGGCGGCCCCCUGGCGUCGCCCUCCGCCCGCCGCCGCCGCCGCUGCUCUCCCCGCCCCCGUACUGGGCGGCGGUGUCUUCGGCGGCGGCGCUGGCCACCACCUCGCCGCUGGCCACCUCGUCCCCGCUGGCCACCUCCUCGCCGCUGGCCAGCUCGCCGCCCCUCGGCCUGCACGCGGCGCCGCUGCCCUCGCCGCUCGGGUCGCCGCCCCGCGACGCCCCGGUCACCACCACGACCGCCCGCACCCUGCCCCACUACCCGUACUCCUCGUGAGCUCCGCGCGGGAGUGGGAGGCCCAGGGCGCCUCCCCGGGGCUUCGGACGGGCGGGGGCGAGGCGGCGACGGCCUCGUUCACGUGCACCUCCGCGCCCGCCAGAGCACGGGGGCUCCGACGCGGCUCACUCGCGCUCGUGUCUCGUAAUACAUUCCUGCUUUCCAGUGGACGUGAACGAGGCAGCGGCACGCCCACGCCAGGCAGUCUCCAGCAGCCCGCUUCUGCCGCACGACUUAGUCCAGAACCGUAUAUCUAACCCCUUUAUUCCUUAGGAUGUUUCUAGUUUAGGUCUUCAGAGUGGGGAAAGGAAUCGACGUCUAGAAAGUUGUCUGGUAUUAGGCCAUACGGGUUCCUGCUUCCCUUGUUCCUCGAUUUUAGAGUAAAAUGGAGAUGGUUUUGAGAUUUGAACGAGAGUAAAAGUGUGGCGUAGGAGAACCACCUGCCGAAAAAAAAAGAAAAACAAGGUCCUUCUCUGAUAUAUUAUUAAAAAGCGGAUUACAUUAUUUUUCUAAAUAGGAGAAUUUGAGGAUGGAAAAGUAAAAGAAAACUAUGAAAAUGAAGAAAAAUGCUGUUUUUUUAAUAUGUGAAUUGGAGAAAAGAAAAGGAAAUGGGAAAGGAAAGAAAGAUAAAAGAAGAAAAAAAAAAUAUAUUAAACUUUCUCGGGUCACAAGUCUGUGUAUAAACAAUAUAAAUAGUUAAUCAAAACGUUUUUUUUUUCGCUAUCUGUAGUUCCCGCUAUAUGCAGUAGCUGCUGAAGGUAAUACUACACUUCAAAUAUAAAUAAAACCAAGAAAAAAAUGAUAAAAUGAUAUCAAAAGAGACUAGGUAUGACCUAGUCUUUAAUCUUCAUUUCUAAACUUGUAUUCAGUGUGCCAAAAUCUUCCCCUAAGUCUGCAGAAAAUCAGAAUAUAUAUAUAUGCCAUAAUUCGACAGUUCUAUUCUACUUGAUUCUGUAUAAGACGAUAUUUUUCAUAUUCGAA